AUGGCUAACCCGGCAUCGCUAGAUCUCCAGUCAACGCUCUCUAGUCUCCCGCCGAUACCAUCAAGCGCCGUCCACGCAUCCGUGCAAGCCCUACUGAACGAUCCAGAGUCCCGAAUCCCCAUCCUCGUAGCGCUCGACGAUGAUCCAACUGGCACGCAGACAUGUCACAAUGUCCACGUCCUCACGGUCUGGGAUAAGGGGACGCUCGUCGAGGAGUUCCACAAUACAAAGCAUGGAGGCGGCUUCUUCAUCCUCACCAACUCGCGAGCCUUACAUCCGACUGAGGCGCGAGAGCUCAUGCAUGAGAUCUGCCGUAACUUGAAAAAUGCUGCCAGCGAGGCCAAUGUUGAAUUCGAAGUCGUUUUGAGGGGAGACUCGACGCUACGAGGACACUUUCCCCUCGAACCGGAAGCGGCGGAGGAUGUUCUCGGCAAGGCUGAUGCGUGGAUGCUGUGUCCGUUCUUCCUGCAAGGUGGACGUUAUACGAUUGAUGAUGUGCAUUAUGUUGCUGAGGAGGGGAAGCUGGUGCCCGCGGGACAAACGCAGUUCGCGAAAGACGCCAGCUUUGGGUAUAAGAGUUCUAACUUGAGGGACUGGGUGGUGGAGAAGUCUCGCAACUCGAUAUCGAGGGAUCGCGUACAGUCAUUGACGAUCAAGGAAAUCAGAACAGGUGGCGCGGAAGACUUGAAGAAAAGACUCCUGGAGUUCCCACCAGGAUCCGUCAUUAUUUUGAACGCGGCAGCUACAGAAGACGUCGACACGGCAGUCUUGGCGUUACUCCAAGCUGCCAACGAAGGGAAAAGAUUUCUUUUCCGGACUGGCGCGGCCUUUGUGUCUUCCCGGUUGGGGAUCCAACCGAUUGAUCCUGUCUCGGCAAAAGACUUGUCGCUGUCAUCUUCAGUAGGAGGUCUCAUCAUCGCUGGCUCUUACGUUCCCAAGACAACAUCACAAUUGGACGUGCUUCGAGAGCGGGGUGGCGACAAGUUGACGACCAUUGUGAUUGAUGUUCCCAAACUGCUGAAGUCGGAGCAAAGCGACCUCAACGAAAUCGCUCUAGCGGUGUCGACUGCGCAAAAGGAGAUUUCUCGGGGUCAAGAUGUCCUCAUCAUGACCAGUCGCGAGCUUGUUACUGGGAACGAUGAGAAGGAGAGUCUUGACAUUGGAUCUACCAUCGCGAAAGCGCUCGUGUCCUUCUUAGUAGAGCUCCAGACUCGGCCGAGAUAUAUCAUCGCCAAGGGCGGCAUCACUUCGUCCGACGCGGCAACCAAAGGGCUCAAGAUGAGACGUGCUUUGGUCGUCGGACAGGCGGCGCCGGGAGUACCGCUGUGGCGCUGCGACGAGCCAUCGUCUAAAUGGCCUGGACUGCCCUUUUGUGUCUUUCCGGGCAAUGUUGGGUCUCCGGAUACGAUGUAUGAAGUCGUGGAGCGGUGGCGCGUGUAG